AUGGUAACCGUUGCCGGACUCUCAGGGACAGGGAAAUCGGCCAUCGUCAAAGAGUUUCAACGGCAAACGCGGAAACGAGACAAAUCAGCAUUCUUUUGUUCAGGAAAAUUCGAUCAGAAUCAAAGGUCGUUGCCCUACAAUGCCUUUAUUACGGCAUUGACACAGUUGGUAUCUGAAUUCUCCAUGCUGCCUCCGGCUGACAAGGAAGAACUACAACGUUCACUUAGGAAGAAUUACCGUGUCUUGCUGGAUCUGAUACCAAAUUUGGAGGACCUGUUUCCAGAUAAUAUCACUGACGGUGGUGGCAAGGAGGAAGAAUCCACAGUCGCUCCCGAACAGAAAAGCUACGACGUUGUACGAUCUCAAGCUCGUUUCAAGUUUGCCUUGUCGAAAUUCCUCGCCAGUGUGUGCCAACCUCAACACAAGGUGAUUAUAUUUUUAGAUGACCUUCAAUGGAUUGAUCCAGCCUCACUUGAUUUGCUAGAAUUCAUGUUACUGGAACCUGGAUUGGAGGAAUCUCUGUUGAUCAUUGGGAGUUACCGAGACAACGAAGUGGACGAUCAACAUUUACUGCUGCGACGUCUGGCAGUAGUCGAAAUGUCAAGGGGUCGAACGAUGCAGCGUCUCUGGAUUGAAAACCUUUCUUUGCAAAAUACGCACGACCUGAUUACCGACCUGUUCAAUGCCGACCCUUCCGAAACCAAAGAGCUUGCCGAAAUUGCCCAUUCCAAAGUGGAAGGCAAUGCCUUUUUUCUAAUUCAGUUCCUGAUUGCCCUUCGAGACGAAGACCACAUCUCGUACAAUAUUGGCACUACCAGUUGGUCCUGGAAGUUGGAGAAAAUUCGAAAAAGUACAGUGGUUUCCAACAGUGUUCUCCUCGUGCUCAUGAAAAAGAUGAAAAAGCUAGACGAAAAUGCUCGACGAUUACUCACCAUCAUAUCAUUUCUAGGAUCUUCCUUUCAAGAGACUGUGGUGGACAUACUGGCUACCGAGCUUGCAGGCUCUAGCCUCUUGCCGGCUGUGGAGACUCUCGAAAACACCGCAGUCAUAUUGGGAGCCUUGGUCGACACCGGCUUUUUGGAAGUGGUAGUGACUCAAGACCGUGGUUCCAACCAGAACCAAAAAGUCUAUUACUUUGCCCACGAUCAGAUCGAAAUGGCCGCCAUUUCUUUUCAAGACGAAAGUACAUUGCCAGAGCUAAACCUAGAAAUGGCACGGGUCCUGUAUUCCAAGCGACACGAUUUUGAUUCUGAAGGAAAGCUGUUUGCCGUUGUGGACAUGUACAACCAAGGUCGAGACCUGAUCAAGUCUUCGAAGGAAGUUAUGCUAUUGGCCGAAUUGAACUUUCAGGCUGGUAAACAUGCAUUGGAGUCGUCUGCAUUUGCAGCAUCCACAAAACUACCUUCGAGUUGCCAUUGA